AUGGUGUCUGCAGCGGGAACGCUGCUCUGGAUGACGCAUGCAUUGGUACAAGAACAUGGAUGGGUGCUUCAAGGUCCGGAGAGCAAUACGAAUAGUGUGAAGAACGCUGACUCAUUUGCUGGCAGCGUAAACCUACUGCCGGCUCGACGCUACAAAUUGUCAGCAAUGGCUCAAGACGACGCAGAUGUUCACGUUCGGGCGCUCUUAGUGGGCACUAAACUGUUUGUCCACUUUGUGUCGACCGAUAAAAGCGUUCGAAUUAGUCUCAAGAUCGCUGAAUUUGUAAACCCGCGUGGGCACCAACCGGAUAACAAACGUCGAGCUCCGGGUCAAGUGGUGCGCACUGACGAAUGGCGGUGUAACAUGGACAUUCUUCGCUGGAGGCUUCAGCGCAAUUUGUUUCCCGAAUUCUCAGGCAACAAAAGUGUAGUGCCGGCGGAUGCCGAGCUAAGUCGGCUUCCAGAGCAGAUCCUUGGGCGCAUUGGAAAGUUCCUGGCAGUUUCGGACUUUUGCCGGUUCACGGAGAUGAGCAAAUAUGUCCAUAUGUUGAAGGACUCGUCCGAGCUCUGGCAGUACUUUUUGCGGCGUGAUUACGGCAGGACACUACAGUCUGAUGACGAUCCAAAAGCCAUCUACGUCUCCAUCUACAGCGAUGCAAAGAGAAUGGAGAUAUGGAAUCGACUUGAUCGUGAGCGUCGGCUUGGCGGGUACAUGCAACACCAGCAUACCCAUUGGCGAAGAAGACUGGCAGCACCUUCUCUGCGGGGCCCAAUGCCUCCGCUAUUCGUACCAUUCCGAGAUGCUUCGUGGUUGUUGCGACCGCCGCAUCUGUCUGGCUUGAUGACUGAUGAAGAUCUUGGACUGCCGUUUGACUUCCGCUUUGACUCGCUGUAUCCGGAUUUCAACUGA